AUGUGUUAUACUUCUCUUCAACUUCUAUAUGAGGAUUUUUCAUCAAUUUUUGUUGACUUAUCUCUUAAGGAUGAUCCUAUUACUACUAAGGUUCAUUCUUCUAGAAUUUCUCAAUCUGUUUUAUCUAUGAUUGAUUGUUUUGAUGCUCUUGACCUUUUCCAAGAUUUUUCUGAAAAUUCUAAUCAAGAAUAUAACUCUGGUCCAGAAAUCUAUUCUGAUCAAGGAUGUAUUUAUGUUAAUUAUUAUUCUCAUAAUUCUGAUGAGAGUAUUGACAAAGAUGAAUAUUAUAAUUAUUUUGAUUAA